UUUUUGUAUCGAUUGAACUGUUGCAAUUUUUUUCUUACAAAUUGGACUAGCGGAAAAAUAGAAAAUUUCAAUUGUCGUGGUGUGGGAGAAAGGUGUGAAAUACAGUGCGAAAAGUGGAAUUUGUUAACAAAGUGUGGAAAAUUUGUUGAAAAUGAGAGCAGCGGUGUUGACCGCUUGUCUCUUGGGCUUCGCAGUGGGUGGUAGCCCAAGGCUGCCGAGGACUUCCGCCGAUCAGAGGAGUAUAAGAAACGCCCAGAACAUCAAUAUCACGGGGAAUCUACUGCCACCUGUUACAAGAGGCUCCCAGAGAAAUCGGGAGCAGUAUUUAUUCAAUGUAUUCGAGGUGAUAGUAUCGACCCUGGAGUCGAAACUCCAGCGAAUCGAGAACCUGGACAAGGCUGUGGAGCACUUGAUGAGAAGGGUAGAGGCCCUCGAUUCGCGGGUUAAUGACAAUAUCGAUAAGACCGAUGCAGUUAUCACGAAAUUGAGGACCUUGGACCUGAAGCUGUUCCACACGCAGCCAACACUUCCACCGGAAGUGCUGGGACACAGUGCAAGAUCAGCAGACAGCAGUACCGGUAAUGACGAAGAGGACGCAGUUCCCGUAAUUCGUCUGAUUCACCACGACUCACCGAAUCCCGAGUAUCUCGGUGAAAAACUCCUGUCCCUGGAUCAAAAGGUCUCCGACAUUGACGACAAGCUCGUGAACCUGAAGAAUCAGCUCGACAAUAAUUUUCUACCGAGCGAUGACAUCAAUGCAGAGGCCAGCGAAAAAAAGCCAAUAAGCAUGAAUGUCAUUGAGAUAACUAAAGCAAUGAGCAACGAGGUGAUGAAUCACGUAUCAAUUGAGAUUGAGAAUUUGCGCCAGGCAACGGGUAAUGUCGAUCGUAAACUCCAGUUUCACAUGAAUUUGGUGGCUGACACUCUGGGGACCGUUUACACAUUGACGAAGGAUAUCCACGAGGCGAUAGUGGACAAGAGCCAGGUGUCAGCUCAGAAUCAGACGACAACGAGCACUCAAUCACCUGAGGUAACCAGGAGGAGUAAGAUCGAUCGACUCGUCGAGAAGAUUCAUCCCAUGCUCACUGUUUCUGAGAAGAUGGAUCAAGUCUGGAACGUUGUUGUGGGUACCAAGAGCUCGGUUGAUCAUCUCCUCCCAAAAUCGGAUGCAUUGCUGACGCAGACCCAACGCCAGGAGAGAGCGAUUAAUGAGAUAGGCGCGGAUCUGAGAUCCAAGACUAACAAGAUAAUUGAGAAUCUCGAGGGAGUGGAAAGUAGACUCAAGAAGCAAGAGGAUGACGUUGCAAAUCUUGCCCAGAGACCGAUUCCAGCUGAGCUGCUGCUGGAUCCAACGAUUGAUCGACUCGUUGAAUAUGAUCCAAGUCGUUAUAUCGCUUUGAAUGAGGAAUACACAACUGAGACUGUACCUCCAUCAACGACAACAACACCUUUACCAACAACAGCUUCACUCCAGGCAUCAUCCUCGGUUAAUCCACCUGCCACGAGCCCCAUGAGUCCACCCACCUCAUCCAGCUCAUCGACCUCAACACCCACUCCUGGUACACCAUCCCAGCGGUCAGCAACGCGCAAUCGGGGUGUCAUAUUUCCCAGUGUGAAGAAUAAACCGAGUCCAGCAAAUUCCACCUUCACCACUGACUCCGUUCUGGUUAAUUACAAGGACGUCAGGGGAUACUCUUGCGUUGAUUUACUCAAUGCAGGAAUGAGGGAGAGUGGUGUGUAUUAUCUUCAAAUCCGAGGUACGACUUAUUGGUUCCUGAAAGUCUUCUGUGAGCAAGAAAUCGCUGAGGGAGGAUGGACGGUGAUUCAAAGACGCGAUGACUUUGGAGAGCCGAGAGAAAAUUUUAAUCGAGACUGGGCUGAUUACAAAAAUGGAUUUGGUGAUCCUGCGAGAGAAUUCUGGCUAGGGAAUGAGAAUAUCUACAUGUUAACGAACAAUGAGGAUUAUUCAUUGCGAGUCGAGCUGGAAGAUUUCGAAGGCAAUAAAAGGUACGCGCAGUACUCCCAUUUCAAAAUAUACUCAGAGGGAGACUAUUACAAGCUAGAGAUUGACGGGUACGAGGGAAAUGCUGGUGAUUCAUUGAAUGAUCCUUGGUAUGGCUCCAACAACAGUCCCUUCUCCACCUACAACAGGGAUAACGAUCGAUCGUCUUUGAAUUGCGCAUCGAUGCUGAAGGGCGGCUGGUGGUGGAAAUCCUGUGGAAGAGGACUCAAUGGACUCUAUCUCCAUGAUCCUCAGGAUCUAACUGCUCGGCAAGGAAUCGUCUGGUUCCGCUGGAGAGGGUGGGAUUACACCUUGAAGAAGGCCACGAUGAUGAUCAAACCCAGGAGCUUAGUAUCAACAUCACAAUCGCAGGCAUAAAUAAAUUAUUCGAAUCAGGCGGACGAGGUGAAAAUUCAGAGGAUGGAAAUUUUGAUAAUUUCUUCGAAACUGCCAUGACAAUUGAUUCCAAUUUGACGGACCGAAUUUAUCGAAGGAAUACGAAGAAUAUUCAGUAUUUUUACGUCGAUCUAACGAAUAAUUUCUAGAUUAACUUCUCCUUUUAUCAAUGAUUCGUGGAAGAAAAUGGAAAUAACUGGGAACUCGCGUGCAUAUAAUUUUUAAUUAAUUCCUCAUUCCAUUAUUUUUAUGCAUUGCUCAGGUCAGAUUGAAUAGAUAAAAAAGCUAAAAUCUAUUCGAGUCUGGCCUUCAUAAAUUAUGAUAAUAAAUAGAAAAUAAUCCGUCCUUGAGACUAAUUUUUAGAUCAUGGCGACAAGAAUCUGGAAUUUAAUCCUCCAUUUGUCGACUGGGAGGAGUCGAUUUUGCAGAUUAGGUUAGAUCGAGGCCGAAUAUUUUGUGAUUGGCUCAGACUUAUCAGGAUGUUUUGAAAAUAAAUCGUAAAAAUGGCGAGGGAGUAACCGCACACUCUCCCGACUGUUGAUCAUAAUAUUUUGAUAAAACCUCAAAAAUAAUAAUAUCUCAAUGACUCACUGCGAGUUCCCAGUUGUCUUGGCGUGUGAAAUAAUCCCUCAGUGUAUCAUAAUCGUUAUUAAAUUGUUGAUUAUCACCCCGCGAAUUGGAUAACAUUCACAACUUUUGCUUUAAUUUUUAAUUUUAGAAAGUUAGAGGAUCUAUAUAAGGCUAUGGGACGACGAUGCAAUGUCCAUUCGACUCGCAUUCCAAGGAUCGCUAAUGAUAAAAUUAAUAAUUAAAAUUGAUAUUAAAAAAUAGGGACCGCCCUUGUUCUGCCAUUUUUUUGAGGAUUCAUUGAUUUAUUGAAAUUACCAGAUCCUUGGAUGAUUGCAUGCGAAGCAAUAAUACCUUAUGUAUAUUCUAAAAAUCGUAUUAUAUUCACGAAUACUCGAUAAAAAAAAAAUCAAUUGGUCAUUUCAUUGAAAAUUACGCGUGUAAACCAAAUUUAUGCAAUAGGAUUUUUAUUCCAAUUGUGUCAUCGUAAUGUUAUGAAAGAAUCCGACACGCUUGGAUCAUGGAAUAACGCUCUAAAUUGUAAAUUAUAUUUUUUAACAUCGGUUUUAACUGCAAUUUGUACAUAACAUAAGCACGCAAUGAGUAUCUGUUUUUUUUUUAAGUUGUAAAAAGAGCCAUUAAUGUAUCUUUUGUAAAAAUAAAGUAAUAAUUCUUGGAAUGACAGUUCGUAUGCACUCCAGCGAGGGAAAACAAUUGGA